AUGAAGUACGGCGAAAACUUCGAAGCACAAUCAGUGCCCCAAUGGAGAGCUUAUAACGUUGAUUACAACGCAUUGAAGCACCUCCUCAAGGUCAAUACUUCGAAAAACCAAGGCCAAGCCGUUGCGAUCCCCGGCCAUGUUGAUUCUGCGCUGCGCAGGUUUGAGGAGAAGUUCUUCGAAGAAUUGGUUAAUCAACACGACCGGGUGGAGCUCUUUGUUUCGAGCAAGGCAGAUGAGAUCAGCCGUCGACUCCACUUCCUCGAGAAGGUUAUAACCCGACUGCUACAGCGAUGUGCGAACACCACAGGCAAGCCAAUGUCGCAGAAAAGGCGAGAGAAGUUUGCAAAAUACGAUAAUCAAAUCAUAAAAUGUGGGGAUGAUAUCAAGAAUCUACAGCGAUUUAUCACAGCUCAACGGACAGCAUUUUACAAGAUUUUAAAGAAGUACAGGAAAUGGACAGGUUCAAGGUCACUGGGAGUACGAUUCAAUUCGGAGGUACUGGAUGAUCCAAAGAGCUUUACCAAGACCGAUCUCGAACCCCUGGUUUCGCAAUACAGCAACAUCCUCGCAAUCCUCCGCUCAUCUACACCAGAGUCGAGUGAACCCGCCACACCUAGAACGAUAUCCCUAUCCUCGGACUCGCAAAUACAAAGCCAACCACCUCCCCAAGCAGCAUACUGGAACGAGUACGACGAUGGGAGCGAGGCAGGAGAUAACGAUCCAUACACUAUAUACGUCAAUUCAGACUCGACAUUCCCUGGCGCAAAGAUGGUUGAAUUGCUCGUCUCGCGUGCUCGCGUACCGAUGGAGAAAGUCAAGGCCUGGCUAAGCCCUGUUCAAUCGCCCGGAGAAAGACGCCCUUUACUAGGCAGUGGAGGAGGAUACUUCGCACAGCAACCCAGUGCCCUCGACACAGAUAUGGAAGACGAGGCUUAUGCGUCGUCUUCUGAUUUCCCUAGUGGCUAUGUAGCCCACUAUGCCACGUUCCCCAGCGUGAGUGACCAGAAGUACAUCCGCUAUCGAGAAAAGGUUCUCUUCCGGACAUGUCUGGGCAGCUUCGGCGCUGCGUUUGUCCUCCUCCUGGUUGCCGGCCUUCUAGUGGCUACGGGUCGACGGCGUCUGCGCGUGGAAGUUGACUGUGGAGUAAUCACGGGUGUGGUUGCGAGUGUCUUCUUUGCUAUCAUGGGGUUCGCAUGUAUGCUUGCACGGACAGAGACGCUCGGUUGGAUGCACCGGACAUGUGUCGUCGUCACACUCGCCACAAUCUGUAUAUUGAAUGGGAUGCUCUUGGUAUUGGUGGCUGGGAAUACUGGAUUAUGA